AUGGCGAAGAAUUUUGCUGAAGAACUUGGAUUAACUUCUUUUAAAGCAUCGGAAGGAUGGCUCGGAAAAUUCAAGCAACGUCAUCAUAUCAACAAUGGUGUGCUAUCCAGAUUAUACUCGAGCGAGGUACCACAAUUUGAAACUCUAGCCAUCACGGUGCCAAAAAAACAUGUUUUUCAUGUCGAACUAAACCGACCUAAGCAACUCAAUAGUAUUACUACUUUGAUGUGGAAAGAGCUAAAGGAUUGCUUCGAGUCCCUUAAUGAUAAUUCAGAAUGCCGUGUAAUAUUACUGUCUGCUAGAGGAAAACAUUUUACUGCGGGUAUUGACUUCAAUAGUCUCAUGCAAGAUAGUUCAAAGGCUGAGGAAUACGAAGAUGUUGCAAGAAAAGCUAAAAUACUUGAAAAGUUAAUAACACACUGUCAGGAUGGUAUAACAUCGUUGGAGCGUUGCAAUAAACCUAUACUCGCUGUAGUACAUAGUGCAUGUGUGGGUGCCGGAGUGGAUUUAAUUACUGCGGCAGAUGUCAGAUAUUGCACAAAAGAUGCCUGGUUUCAAGUUAAGGAAGUGGAUGUUGGCUUAGCGGCUGAUGUUGGAACUUUACAGAGAUUACCUAAGGUAGUCGGCAACACAUCAACCGUAAGAGAACUCUGUUUUACUGCUAGAAAAUUUGAUUCGCAAGAAGCAAGCGAACUCGGCUUAGUUAGCAGAGUGUAUUCUGAUCAAGAAAGUGCAAUCAAGAAUGUUCUAGAAACAGCAGUUACUAUAGCUUCAAAGAGUCCCGUAGCGGUUCAAAAUACCAAGAAAUCGCUGGUAUACUCGCAGAGUAGACCAAAUGAAGUCGGGCUAGAACAUAUUAAAUUAAUAAAUCAAGCUAUGUUACAAAGCGAAGAUUUGAAGAAGGCGGCCAUCGCACAAGCAACUAAAUCAACUACUGAAUAUGAAAAUCUAUAA